AUGGACUACUUUACCUGCUCAUUGGAAGAUCUACACCGAGAGAUGGAGCGGCGCGCAUUUAGACCGCAAUUGCAAUCCCAGGAGCAGCUCAGCGAGGUCCUGAAGUACGACGACGAGAUACGAGGGUCAGAGGCAACAACUGUGGAUACACAAAGACAAGGCGCAUUUGUACCGCGCAUCGUCAACAUGAUACACACAGUCGAGUUCGGAGGGACGGUACCAGCUAUGUAUCUGGUCAAUGAGAAGGUUGUUUACUGGGCGAUGAAUACCUUCUUCCCGACGCUACAACUCUUUUUCGAGUCCGGCAACUCGUGCACUAUCGACGGCGGCCAGCUUCCAGACGCAAAGAUAGGCCUCGACCCAGGCCUUCGGUUCAAACUGACGGAUUGCACGCAUGAAGAGGAUGGUGUUGUCACAAACUCGAUACUUCCACGGCGGUAUCCAAACUCGGGAACUGGCCUUGUCAUCAAAGAAGUCACAGUCGCUCAGCGAAUAAGCAUCGCGCUCAAGCCACUGCACACACAAGACGCUGAGCCAUUAACGCAGUCACAUCGUCCUCGCAACAAGAUAGUGACAGAAAUACACACGGUUGUUGGAAUCAGGCUGAGGGGCAUGGAAAAGAUGGCAUACGUGUGGGCGAAAGCCACAGGCCCACCCGCAGCACGAGUUUGGGGCGACGUCAGGAUAGCUGGACUGCGAAACGACGUGUCGAUGCCAAAUAUCUGCUAUCCAGAGCCGAACGCGAAGCCGGGGACCCAGAACACUGUCGUAGUCAAGGAAAGUCUCAUAAAGGACAGUCGUACGGGAGGCUAG